CGGCUGCAGCUCGCCGCGAGGAAGACGAAAGCUUCGCGACAAGGCAACGUUGAUUAAAGAAAAGCAGUACUGCAGAAGAAAGCAGAAGGAGACUCGUGAUUGCGAUGUGCAAACUCCGGUGCAUUCUAGGUAACACACGUGUUAGUGUAAUACCUCGUAGUGAAGCUUUAACAUUCGAUGUUCCUUCGCGCAGCAUGCGGCGUGAGGAGGAUUCCUCGCGUACAAGUCGGGCGGACGAUAUUCGAAGACGGGGAACGGUUACUUCUGCACUUAAACCGGUGGCCGGAUUAAGCGAGAAUCGCCAAACUCAGUGCAAUCUUCGCGAUAGAGAUAAUCUUCGAAAAAAGCAAGACAAUGCCUGCAGUUUAGCGCUUACAAGCGAGUCGGAAGCCUGGUCUUGCAGCGUUCAGCCUCAAUAUAAGGCACCUGAACAAGUCGUUAGUUACCAAGAUCACGAUCAACGAAAAUCUUUCGAUCCAUGCGACGAGCAUAUCACAUGUGAUUCUUAUAGACAUUAUGAAGGAACUAAAAACAUUUGUAUAACUGAAGUUUCGCAUCGCGUUCCGAGCUAUGCAGAUGUUUGCUCAUUACAUACUGCAGGAAUGAGGUUUUAAAAUAAAUCAUAAUGUUUUCUUAAAGAAUCUUAAUUAAAUAUACUAAAAGAAUAGUUCAAAUAAAAAUCGGAAUUUAUUGCGGAAUUUAUGGAACACUUACGUGACAAAAUCUAAUUUAAAUUUGAACUGUCCUUUUAUAUUACAUA